AGCAGGUCGGCUCCUGCCGCGCCGGCGCCGCAGCCAAUCGCGCGGGCACUGGAGCCGGACUUUGUGACGCGCGGAAGGCGCGAGCGCGAGGCGCGGGACCCCGGCAGCCGGGGACCGAGGGGGUCGGCGCAGGGCUGCACAGCGCCGCGUCGGCGCGCACGCGCCCGAGCGCGCGCCCGGUGGGGCGGGCCGGGACUCGCGGCUCACACGCCCUUGGGCCGGGCCGGGCGGCUGCGCUUCCUUUCCGUUUCCGACGCCCGCUGUCCAGCCAGCCGGUGUAUGUGCGGUAACAACAUGUCUGCCCCGCUUCCCGCCAUUGUGCCCGCCGCCCGGAAGGCCACCGCUGCGGUAAUUUUCCUCCAUGGAUUGGGAGACACAGGGCAUGGAUGGGCAGAAGCUUUUGCAGGUAUCAGAAGUGCACAUAUCAAAUAUAUCUGCCCUCAUGCGCCUGUUAUGCCUGUAACAUUAAAUAUGAAGAUGGCUAUGCCUUCAUGGUUUGAUAUCAUUGGACUUUCACCAGAUUCACAGGAGGAUGAAUCUGGAAUUAAACAGGCAGCAGAAAAUGUAAAAGCUUUGAUAGAACAAGAGGUGAAGAAUGGCAUUCCUUCUAACAGAAUUAUUUUGGGAGGAUUUUCUCAGGGAGGCGCUUUGUCAUUAUACACUGCUCUUAACACACAGCAGAAACUGGCAGGGAUCACUGCACUCAGUUGCUGGCUUCCACUGCGUGCUUCAUUCCCACAGGGCCCCAUCAGUGGCGUUAAUAGAGAUAUUUCUAUUCUUCAGUGCCAUGGAGUUUGUGACCCGUUAGUUCCACUAAUGUUUGGCUCUCUUACUGCUGAAAAGCUAAAAACAUUGGUAAAUCCUGCCAAUGUAACCUUCAAAACCUAUGAAGGCAUGAUGCAUAGUUCAUGUCACCAGGAAAUGAUGGACAUCAAGCAAUUCAUUGAUAAACUCCUACCUCCAAUUGACUGACUUCAGUAAAAGGCCUUCAGUGUAGAUGUACACCAGCAUCGUUGUAGUAGAUUAUAAACCUUUCCCUGUGCCCAAUCUUUAAACUAAUGUUUGCAGUGUUAAAGAUGUUUUGCAAAUACACACCAAUGACAUAGACUAAAUAAUACCUCCUUGUGGGAAAUUUAUGAUCUUUUAGGUUUCUAUACAUGUAUUUAUAUAAUACGGUCCAGAUUACACUAGUAUUAAAUUAGGUAAAGCAACUUGCUUUUUUCCCAACUGUAACUCAUCAAGAGAAUAAUAUAGCUGUAGCCCCCCAAUUUUUUAUUACAUUGUUGAAAGUUUUGAGCUUAUGAAAACUUGUUCAGGUAUAAAUGAACAAUAGUUAUGAUGUAAAUGAUUUAUGAAUGAUGUGACAGUCUGGAUUUUGUCCAAAAUUGCUUAGUCAUCAUGCAGUAUCUGUAUUUUUAUAUAUGUAUUCAUAUAUACUUAAUGAUUGUGAAACAUAAUAAAAAUGAGGUGGUAUUAUAUUAUUCCUGAUUAUUGGGGAUAAUGCUUCUAAGUGUCAAUAAGGAGUAAUAAUGCUCUCUUCAGUUUAUUUGGGGGACCAGGAUUAUUUUUCCCCCAAUGUCAUUUCUAUUUGUUUUCUCAUCUCUAGAAAUGUUUUGUCUCUUUUUAUUAUCUUUCGUAACAGACCAAAUAUUGCCUCCUUGCCAUAGACAUCUGCUGUCAGUACAUGCUAUGACUUGAUACCCCAAAUCAAAGACAUAAUUGUAUUUAAAAUAUAUUUAUACUGUACUUCAUAAAGAAAACUAGACAUCACUUUAACUUUCCUAUACUACUUGGUUCUUAAGCUGCACCUUAGUCCAGAGUUAGACCUCUUUACUUGUGAGAUUCAAUCCAGGUAAUGUGUUAUUCUGUGGUUUUGCUUUUCUGUCAACAAAAACAGGUCAUCUAGUAUGUUCUGGUAUGUUUAAAACUGUAAUUUCUAAUAUUUUCUGCUCUAAGAAUUUUAGUAUAUGCAGUUUAUAUGUAUGUUUGAACUCAAGUACUCCAACUACUGUAGAAGAUGAACAGUCCAUUAGAAGAAUAUGCUUUACUUUUAUCUGAAAAUGGAUUUAUUUGAAAUUUUCACUCUAGUUGUGUGUUUUUUUUUUAAUUGUGCAAACAUAAAAAAUAGCUAUUUGAUUUUUAAAUGGAGGUUUCAGUUUAGAUCACUGGUAAAAAUUGUUUCAAAACAAAUUUAUGGGGAAUAAUUUUAAUUAGGACUCAGUAAAUGCGGUAUAAUUACCAUAUUACAUGUAGCAACAAUGCUCAAAAUUUCUGCAGUGUGUUAACAAGUUUCUUGCUGUAUUCCACAUUGAUUACAGUAACUGCUUGGAUUGCAUCUUUGUAAUGGGUGCUAAUUGGUAAUGGGAAUAACUGGGGAAUGGACUAUAUAGAAUGUUAAUAAAGAAGCCAUAUGUUUAUGUCUAGAUUAAAUUUUUAAACAAUCAUUUACUAAGUCAUUUUACUUUACCUUGAAGAGUGUAGGCUGCUGUUUCAGUUAUACAAAUCAGCAGGCUGUAAUCUAUGACAAAUAUUCUGUUGAAAUGUGCUAUAGUGUGGGGAAAUGUCAGUCUUUUUCAGGAUUUCUAUCAAUGUGAAAUAAAAUCUAAUUCUGACUUUUC